GGGCGUGCAGGACGUGCGCGACGCGCUGGAGACCGGCGGCGCCAGCCUAGUGCCCCUGGCGCCGCGUUCCGAGCCAGUUUUGGAAAUGGUCUUGUGGAGUGUGGCGCCGUGGGUUCUUGCCCUAGCGGAUAUGCAUCCAUGGAAGGACCUGUGUGAAAUAGAAGGGAAAAGUGCAACUUUCGUGAGCUGUAAACGCCCGAAAUACACCAGAUAAACCAGUAUUCCAGUAUGCCGCUCUUCCAGUGUUUUCAAUGAACAUACGCUUUUAUCAGAAAACACGUAAUUAGACUCAGUGCUCAGUGACCUUUUGGCUUUGGAGCAUCCCUCAGGCAAAUCUGAGAAAUUAACGUUUGAUGGCAGCUCAUGCCAGUAGAGACAGAGUCAUAAAAAAUUGUAUAGCCCAGACCUCAGCAGUAGUAAAAAACCUCCGGGAAGAGAGAGAAAAGAAUUUGGAUGAUUUAACGUUAUUAAAGCAACUUAGAAAAGAGCAGACAAAGUUGAAAUGGAUGCAGUCAGAACUGAAUGUUGAAGAAGUGGUAAAUGACAGGAGCUGGAAGAAGAUGAGGCCCUUACUUGUUUUAAAAAGAGGAAAAUGUAGCCAUCGUACUCUGGUGCAAUGGGCCAGCAGAAGUGGACAGGAAAUCACUUGGGAAAAGGAUUUGGAGAGGCUCAGCCAAGUUGUGUUUAAUGAACGCUGCCGAAUUCACUUCAAGCCUCCAAAGAAUGAAUAAAGAGAGAUUCUUUUUUUUUUUUUUUUUUUUUUUAAGGACUGGGUCAUCUCAUAAGAGCUAAGCAUGACAGAUAUCAACAGGGCGGGCUUCCUAGGAUGAUUUCUGAGCCAACAGUCCAAGACCUUUUGUUGAUUUCAGCCCCACUUAGCCAAGACCUCAAGUAUAAAUAAUUCUGAUAAUUAUGGAGAAAUCAACUGCUAUUUUAUACUGAUUCUGUAAAAAAAAAAAGUUUUGUAACUAUUAAAAUAAUUUUCUGACUCAGUGUACA